AUGACUAUUUUCCUUCUCCACGAAACCGCCGCUGGCUACACCUUGUUCGAGGCUCAUGGAAAUGACGAAAUUGGACAUAACACAAAAGCUGUUCGAAACUCCAUUUUCGAUUUGACCAGGUUCGGCAAGGUCGUUAAGCUUUACUCUUUCAACCUUUUCACCUAUUCUCUUGAAGGCCUAGAACAAAUUAAUGUCAUCUCUAAAGGCAUUAUGAUUGACGAGUUGAGAACUGUUUUGGAGACCAACUUACCCAAAGUAAAGGAAGAUAAAAAGCCAAAGUUCUCCUUAGGUGUAACUGAAUCUAAGAUUGGUUCACAUAUACAAGAAGCUACUAAAAUUCCAUGCCAAAGUAAUGAGUUUGUGAAUGAACUUAUUCGUGGUGUCAGGCUUCAUUUUGACAAGUUUGGUAGUGAUCACAAGCCAGGAGAUUUGGAAAAGGCAUAA